UGGGCGCUGUGGCCCCCAACGCCCUCCAAACUCCCGACGACAUCAAUCGCGACCGAAACCAAACCUGCGACUGCCGCCCGCGAACCUGCCCGCAGACGACGCGCCCUGUCUGCCUGCCUUCCCACCACCACCACUCCCGUCCACCGAACCGAACGAAAGAGGGCCAGCCAGACGCACCACCCGUGCGGCCUUUUUUUUUCUUUCUUUCUCGAUGCGAGAAUAGCUCCGCUCGCCAGCGUCCCCCCUACCAAUCAGCCUCCCCGAGUCCCCGAACCCGCGGCCAUGAAGCCUCUCGUGAGCGCCAUCCAGGCCUGGUCCUGCGUCGUCAUCUCCGUCUUCGCCAUCGUCAUCCUCUCGGUGCUCGGCCUGCUGUUCAACAGCAACAACCACGAGCUCGUCGGCGGCCGCGAAGACCCGAAGAACGGCCCGGCCGUCGCGAGCACCAUAUUUGUCACGGUGCUCAUCUACGCUGGUUUCCUCGUCUUUUGCGGCCUGCAGGGCAUGAUGCACGUGCGCGAGAGCCGGAGGGGGGCCAUCGCGCUAUAAUCGCCAACCCGACAGCAGCGGGAGAGCCAGUCGAUACUGGAUGGCGGGCGGUUGCUCCAGGCCUCUCUGUUGACUAUUGUAUAACCCGGGCAGGAAGGGGGUUGUGGUCCGAAAGAGGCCAAGUCUAACUAUCUAUCAUGGGCUUUGGGCGUUUUGUGCUGGCUGACCUACUAGCUAGGCUUUGCAUAUCCAAAAACUGUUCCUGUUUUUCAUUCCUUUUUUCUUCCUAUUUUAUUACAUCUCCGUUGUUAUCUAGUUGCUCGUCCUCGUCCUUUGCCUAUGUAUCUAUGUACCUGCUCUGGCAUACCUUGUUGCAUCUUGUCCAGAAUGAAACUGCUCAAGCGGCUUGUGGCAGACCAAAUCCUUUGAACUAUUCAAUUUCCCCAA